CGCGGCGCAGGUGGGAGCGGGGUCGCGGGGCGGGAGCCGAGGGGGAUGAGGGAUAGAAGGUAAGGGAUAAAAGUGACAGUUGCUUGGUUAAAUAAGGUCUCCUAAAGAUAACAUUCUUGAAUCUCCAAAGAUGACAGCUGUUGCAGUGCUGGAGGAGGUGCUGGUGUCCAUUGAGAAUGAGCUGCAAGCAGUGGAGAUGCAGAUCCAGGAGCUUGUGGAUAAGCAGCAGGAGCUCCUUCAGAAGAAGAUGAGAGUAAAGAAUCUGAUAAAACAGUCCUCAGGAGACGUGGAGGCAGGUGGAAGUAAAGACACUGAAACCGCAGCUGAGGAAUGGAACAAAAAAGAUUUUCCAUGGUAUGAGAAGAUAAAAACUGCACUGCAGAGCAAAUUUAAACUCCAGAAGUUUAGAUCACUGCAGCUUGAAACAGUAAAUGCUGCAAUGGCAGGGAAGGAUAUAUUCCUUGUCAUGCCCACAGGUGGUGGGAAGAGCCUUUGUUACCAGUUACCAGCUGUCUGUUCUGAUGGUUUCACACUGGUGAUAUGUCCUUUGAUAUCUCUCAUGGAAGAUCAGCUCAUGGUUUUGGAACAGCUUGGUAUCUCUGCAGCUUUGUUAAAUGCCUCAAGCAGCAAGGAACACGUGAAGUGGGUGCACACAGAAAUGCUGAAGAAGAAUUCCCAGCUGAAGCUCAUUUAUGUGACCCCAGAGAAGAUUGCAAAGAGCAAAAUGUUCAUGUCCAAGCUGGAGAAGGCUUACCAGGCUGGGUGCCUGGCUCGCAUCGCCGUGGAUGAGGUGCACUGCUGCAGUCAGUGGGGCCACGACUUCAGGCCUGACUACAAGUCUCUUGGUAUCCUGAAAAGACAGUUUCCCAAUACUCCCUUGAUUGGAUUGACAGCAACAGCUACCAAUCAUGUUUUAAAGGAUGCUCAGAGCAUUUUGCACGUUCAGAAGUGCAUUACCUUUACUGCUUCCUUCAACAGGCCCAACCUUUACUAUGAGGUUCGGCAUAAGCCUUCAAAUAAUGAAGAUUUCAUAGAGGACAUAGUUAAGACCAUUAAUGGAAGGUACAAAGGACUGUCAGGAAUUGUUUACUGCUUUUCUCAGAAGGAUUCUGAGCAAGUUACUGUGAGUUUACAGAAACUGGGAAUCAAGGCAGGGACUUACCAUGCAAACAUGGAUCCUAAAUAUAAAACCAAAGUGCAUAAAGGAUGGGCAACAAAUCAAAUCCAGGUGGUAGUGGCAACUGUUGCUUUUGGCAUGGGAAUUGAUAAACCUGAUGUGAGGUUUGUAAUCCAUCACUCUAUGAGCAAGUCCAUGGAAAACUACUACCAAGAGAGUGGACGUGCAGGUAGAGAUGACCAAAAAGCUGACUGCAUUUUGUAUUAUGGGUUUGGAGAUAUAUUCAGAAUCAGCUCAAUGGUGGUGAUGGAAAAUGUUGGCCAAGAGAAGCUGUAUGAUAUGGUAUCUUAUUGCCAAAAUAUGAGCAAGUGUCGCCGGGUGCUCAUAGCCCACCACUUUGAUGAAGUGUGGGAUUCUGCCAACUGCAACAGAAUGUGUGAUAACUGCUGCAGAGAGAAUGCAUGUGAGAAGCUGGAUGUAACAGGGUACUGCAGGGAUCUAAUAAAGAUCCUUGAGCAAGCUGACAGCAUGAAUGAGAAACUCACCCCACUAAAAUUAAUCGAUGCCUGGUCUGGGAAAGGUGUGUCCAAAUUCAGGGUGCCUGAAGUUACUCCACCCAAGCACCCUCGAGAGGAGCUGGAGAGAAUUAUUGCUCAUUUUCUGCUGCAGCAGUAUCUGAAGGAGGAUUUCAGCUUCACAGCCUUUGCCACAAUAUCCUACCUGAAGGUGGGACCCAAAGCCCGGCUGCUGAAAAACGAGGGACACGACAUCACCAUGGAGGGGAUAACAAACAGCAAAAGUGGUUCCAAGGUCAAACCAUCUCAAUCUUCAAAUUCAAAAGGAAGCAGAGAAAAUGCCCAGGCUGGAUCAAAGGCUGUCCAAGAUUCAGGGCUGAAGAAAUCACAGGAACAUAAACGGCCCAGCUGUAGUCCUAACUUAAAAGCAAAGAAGCCUAAGCUUCAGGAAGGUGCACAUGACCAACCAGUAGUUAUUGACUGAGCAUCACAGACUACAUUUAGGAUCUAAUCAUGGUUGCUGCUCCAUGGACAGUGCAAUAUAUUUUUAUACUCUA